ACCCAAUUAUUCGAGAAUGAAAUGUUUUAUAUUUUAUAUAAUUAAUGAGAAGGGGGAAAAAAUAUUAAUGAACAUGCGAAAGGAGCAACCCUUCCUUCCUUUUUGUUUUUAUAAGCUAGACAAGAGAAGUUGUCCUUUCAAAUUCCAUUCCAUCAAUAUAUAACAAACCUACCAUUCUGCCCCUAGAACACACCUCGUGGAGCUGCAAAUUCCGACGACCCAAAAGAAAAGAGAAACGAAAUUCCACAAAGAAGAAAUGGAGGAAGUUGGAGGGCAGCCUUUGUUAGAGGAUCACGGCGGCGCGUGCAGCAGCGGCAGCCAGGAGGAGCUUGCCGACGGGGGAAAAUCGGCAGCCACGCCUGCCGUCAUCUUAAGCACUUUCAUUGCCGUCUGUGGCUCCUUCUGCUAUGGCUGCGCUCUGUCAUAUUCAUCGCCAGCGGAAUCCGGAAUCAUGGAGGAUUUGCACCUCUCCAUUGCUACUUACUCAAUGUUUGGGUCGAUCAUGGAGGUGGGUGGGAUGAUAGGUGCUCUGUUUUCUGGGAGACUAACUGCAAUGCUUGGCAGAAAGAAAAUUAUGUGGCUUUCCCAGAUAUUCUCCACCAUUGGCUGGCUUGCUAUAGCACUUGCGCAGAGUGAGUGGUGGCUGGUUGCUGGAAGGCUGUCCAUUGGAUUUGGAGUUGGCUUCGUCACUUAUGUGGUGCCGAUCUACGUAGCAGAGAUAACACCGAAAGAGUACAGAGGAGCAUUUUCAUACGCCAACCAGUUGCUGGUGAAUUGCGGGUUCUCGUUGGUUUAUUUCGUCGGCAACGUCGUUUCCUGGCGCACCUUGGCCGUCAUUUCUCUUGUUCCGGGGGCCUUGCAACUGGUGGGGAUAUUCUUCAUUCCCGAGUCUCCAAGAUGGUUGGCAAGAGUUGGACGGGUGAAAGAGUUCAAAGCAUCUUUGCAACGGUUGAGGGGGGAAAAUGCUGAUGUUUCUGUAGAAGAAGAUGAGAUCCAAAGUGCCAUUAAUGAAAUGAAAAACGAUGAGAAAUCUAGUGUUGGGGACAUUUUCAAGCGGAAAUAUGCUCACGCCCUCACGGUUGGGAUUGGUCUAAUGUUUCUUCAACAACUUGGAGGCACAUCGGGUGUUGCAUAUUACGGCAGCAGUGUAAUCCAAAAAACUGGUUUUUCAACCACUAUUGGGACCAUAAUCAUUUCUGUAAUCCAGGUCCCCAUUGCUGCCAUUGGGAUAUUCCUGAUGGAUAUAUGUGGAAGAAGGCUUCUCCUCAUGGUUUCUGCAGGUGGAAUGAGCAUAUGUAGCUUCCUUGUAGGAUUAUCAUUUGUAUUACAGGGGCUUAACCUUUUCAAGGACUUCACUCCAAUUUUGGCCAUCACUGGAAUUACUGGAUAUUUCACUGCUUUCUCAAUUGGGAUGGGAGGAAUCCCUUGGAUUAUAAUGUCAGAGAUAUUUCCCAUGAAUGUAAAGGCUCUGGCAGGAACUCUCAUCACAUUAGUCAACUGGUCAUCUUCUUGGGUCAUGACUUACUCCUUCAACUUCAUGAUGCAAUGGAGCCCUGCUGGAACAUUCUUUAUUUUAACAGCAACUUGUGGGUUCACAGUUAUGUUUACUUUCAAGUUAGUACCGGAAACAAGAGGAAGAACACUUGAAGAAAUACAAGCAUAUAUGACGAGGCUUUAAUUUGAUAACAAGCCCACUUAUGUGUGUGUGCAUAUGUAUGAAUGAAUAUGUAUUCAAUACAAAAAAAUGUGCUAUUGGAAAUUUAGUUCAUGGAAGAGAAUCUGGACGGACAAAAGGAUCUAAGAAUUUCCUUCAUAUUGAUACAAUUACUGUGAUUAGCCUCAAUAUAAGAAGUGUUUUAGA